UAGAAGAGUGUCUCGUCGGACGAAAGUUCCCCAAUUCCAGAGAGAUCGACAAUGAAGCAGCAAUCCAAGGACCCAUUCGAAGCGGCGUUCGAGGAGCAAGAAGACGACUCACCGCCCGAUUCUCCGGCCGUCGCUGAAGCCGCGCGCGCCGCCUUUGGUGCCCUAGAAGAGGACGACCCUCUUCUUGUUCCUGGCCCGUCAUCUUCCUCCGCGCCAUCAGCUGCAGCGCCGAAAGCAACAGCAGUUACCAGAACAAGAACAACGCCAACUGCUGCUGCGACGGCGCCCUCCGCCUCUGCUCGGCCCGCUGUCAAGAACAAGGAUGACGACGACGAUGACGACGAAGACAACAUGGAUGUCGAGCUCGGAAAGUUCUCCGCCACCGGUGAUCCUGACAAAAUGGCCAAGAUGCAGGCUAUUUUAUCGCAAUUCUCAGAGGAACAGAUGAGUAGGUACGAGUCGUUUCGCAGAGCUGGAUUUCAGAGAGCCAACAUGAAAAGGUUGUUAACUAGCAUCAGUGGAACUCCAAAAAUAUCUGCGCCAAUGAAUAUUGUAGUGUCAGGGAUAGCAAAGAUGUUUGUUGGUGAACUUGUUGAGACAGCCAGAAUAGUGAUGUCAGAGAGGAAAGAGUCUGGGCCAAUCAGGCCAUGCCACCUUAGAGAAGCAUACAGAAGGUUGAAGCUUGAAGGGAAGGUACCAAAGAGAUCACAGUCUAGGCUCUUCCGGUAGAUGGGCCAAUUUCACGUUCUGGUGCUCAUUGGACAGGUCAACAUAUCUGUAAGUCGGAGUUGGGAUGCAGUACAUAUACAAUACGAUUAAAGACCAGACGUAUCGCACUUGAUCAUCACUUGUGGUAGUAUCUUCCUCUUCGAUCGCGUUUUCCGGGAGACAUAGAAGGUGCCGAUUUAAAUCACAAUAACGACGAUGUUGCCAGCUUCGUUUGUUGAUGCCGUUUUGACUUGUGACCCAUGAUACUUAUGCUAGUUAUUUGCCGUCCGUGCUAUGUUGGUGCAUUUUUUUUUCUCGCAACCAAGCGACUGAUUGGAUGUAUUAUAAGAUAUUGGAGCUGUGUGUAGUCAUUGUAAUUUGUAAUGUUCAGUUGCUGGUGCAUGAAAAUAUUUUGCAUGUGGAUGAAUGAGUUUAUAUACUGAAUGUCACUGGGUCGGGUCAAAAAUACA